AUGGUUGAUGAUGAUGAUCGAUAUCAUGAUGAAGAUUCAUGCUUUGAACGAAAUACUGCGAAAAUAAUUGUUAUUAUCCUCUUAACUAUCAUUGCAAUAGGAAGUUCCACUGCACUCACUGUUGUUCUAAUCAAACAGUCACAACGUCAUCGUGCUGCACUAGCAAAAAAAAGUAUAUGGUCAACUCGACUUAAAGAAUGUGCACCAAUUUUAAAAGUUGCUGGUCCAAUUAUUUUAAACAUAAUCAAAGUGGCAUCUUCUAUUAUAUUACUGUGA